AGGAAUUUUUUUGAAAUUAGUACGUUCCCCAACACGGCCAUGAUGAAGGGCGCCGCUCGGCUAUGGAGACUGGUUCUUGAGGUGCAUCUGGUGGACUCCAAGGGCCUCUUCGGCAGCGAUUUCCUAGGGAAGAUAGACCCGUAUGUGAUCGUGCAGUACCGGAGCCAGGAGCGCAAGAGCAGCACCUCCCGAGGUUGGUGCCUCCGCAGCACCUCCCGAGAUGAGGGGAGGAACCCGAGCUGGAAUGAGGUGUUCCGGUUCCAGAUCAACUCCUCCGCCGCCAACGGGCAGCACAAGCUCUUCCUCCGGAUCAUGGACCACGACAACUUCUCCAGCGACGACUUCCUCGGCCAGGCAACGAUCAAUGUGUCUGAUCUGAUCACCCUUGGCAUGGAGAGCGGCUCGUCGCAGCAGAACCCGGCCACCGGCCACCGCCCGGAAGCUGGUGUCGUGGUCGAGCUGGGCGGAGUGGUGCUUCGUCUGCGACGCCAUCUUCUCCCCAUACCCCGACCCUGGCGCUGCUCUUCGCAGGGUAGACCGCGGCGUGUCGGAGCAGUGGCUGCCUCCCGAUCCCCGUGGAGGUCACUGCGGCCCUCUUCGAGAUAAGGCUGCGGGAUCCCUUCUUCCGGACUGGAGUGGCUUCAGAUGAUAAGCUGGAGUCGGACGAGAUGCUCGCCUUGCUGUACAGUAUGGCAAUCAUCAUGUGAGGAAAAUCCUGGUGCUACUUUCGCCUGAUGUGUGGAAAUUGAAUAGUACUGUUGAUUUACUUAGGGAAAAUGGGCCAGUGGUUCUAUCACGGUGCCAAAGGCAUAAGCACCGCCUUUUAUAAGUGUUAGAAAUUUAUGGUUUUUGGUCUACCCCAUAUUUAUCUGCGCUUAUCCGUGGUGCCGCUCACAAUUCACAUCUCUGAGGCUAGGGGGUAGGGACCUUCUUAUACUGUCUUUCCUGACCGACGGACUGACUCGCCGGGUCCCCGCUCCUCGGGGCCAGCCCCUCCUCCGUGCCGGAUCGCGCAUCGGCUUGGAGGCCCCUCGGGCUGCCGCUAGUGCGGGAGUCCUGUGUGGCCGUGCGGGCUGGGGACCGAGCGGCGGGGCCCGUGUGCGUUCCUGGCGAGGGCUUGCUGGGGCUGGCCGGGAUCUGAGGUUGGUUGAUAUGUUCAUGUAAAGAGUGACACUCCCUCCUUUUCCUUUUUAUCCUCAUCCCAGUUCACGUGCAGGGACUAGAUUGCUGGCUAGAUCUUCCUAACUCAACCACUUGAUAUUAAACUCUGUACGUGUAUAGCUAGAUUGCUUGUUAGAUCUUGCUUUAUAACUUAUUCAUUGCCUGCCAUACAAAGGUUCCGGUUUUGAAUUUUGUUUCAGAUUUUAAUUUUUGUUCUAGCUCUUUUUUUACAGACAAUGUGUAUGCCGUUUAAACAAUGAUUAUGACAUUGCGAGGCUUGGUAUAGAUUGUAUUUAUUAUUUAUUUAUUUCCAGUUUUGGUUAAGAGUUGUUACUUGAUACACCUACGUGCUCUUCAAUUGCAGGUCCAUGAUGCAGUUCUACCUCUCUACGUGCUUUUAUAAUCAUGUGUUUGUUUUAAUUUGAUUUUCUCAUAUAUACAUUGUAGGUGUUCCUAUUUAUGUUUCUUGCUGUCACAAAAACGCUAUCUUUGUUGUGGCCAAAUAAUAAGGAGAGACAAACAUUGCCGCUACAUUAUGUGCUUAUUCCAUCAUAUGUAAAUAUUAAAUUAAUACGCGAUCAUCCCUCACAGUAAGUGACACCUUUUAUUUCGUAUAUCAGAUGUAUAAUGCACAAUCAUCUCUCGCUGUACGUGAGGACCAUCAAAAGGUUUGCUAAAGUUUAAAAAGUGCCUAAUUGAUAGGUCACGUCAGCAUUGGGCGUGCAUCUCUAGAACAGAAGGAGUGGAAUAGAAGGCAUCAGGUAUGUGGUUACGGCUUGCUGUGUUCGCCGGGCUCUCUCGAACAUGAAGAAGAUGUGCUACCAUGAAUUCCACAUCUUGCCGCUUGUUGUUUAAUGGUAUUCACUUUGAUCUGUAUGAAUACUUGAUUAGUUCAUUUUCAUUUAUAGCAUUGUAGAUGUUCGCCUCUGCUACUCGAUUUCCAUAAUGGAACAUCCAGUUUAGGUGGGCCAAACAGCCGGUAAGCUUAAGAAUUGGUGGUAAGCUCUUGCAAGAACUUGCAAGCUUCUUGUGUUAAAUUUCAUUUAUGUGCCUGUAUUUGUUCUUGAAUCCUUGUUCUUUUUGUGUACUUUAUACGGAGGUUGCAGUAACUCACAGCACUACAGUUUUCUUUCCCUGUACUUUGUAACAUAUAGCUGUACAUAGUUACUGUUAUUUGCGUUUUGAUUAAAAUGAGAACAUAAUUCUUAUUAUCUACAAUGUCCGUAUAGUGUAUCUCUUCUAGAUGGAAAGGUGUGCGGAAGGGAUUUGUACCAAUUGACCGGGUAGCAAUUGAACAGGAAGACGCUUAGUAAGGAUAAAAUAGUAGAAGAGCACUAGAGGAUGCUUCAAGGAAUUGUAAAGCGGGAUGAGAAGUGUCACAAAAGAAUCAAUUCUGCUGGUAUCGAUUACGAGUGUCCAGCCCCUAAAUCUUCUAAGUUGCCGCUGAAGGGAGAAGACAUGGGGUCGAAAAAAUGUUAAGAUUGACUUGAUGUGUGGUAAGGAAAAGACAGUCGAAAAGUUUUUGAUGCUUGAGCAUUCACUACUCAAUUAUUCUUUUAGGUACGCAUAAUCUUCCAAGUUAUAAUCAAUUCCUUUUAUUUGGGCACGCAUAAUGACCAUUCCUCGGCAUCAAGUUCUUCUGAUGCGAAGAGGAGUUCCUGAUACUAGAUGAACAUACCAGCCUACUUGCCUACAACCAAGGUAGAAUUAUCAGCGGAGACACCACAGUCAGAGCUGGUGACUGAAGAAAGCCUGCAGAUAGCUACCAUCAAUGUCUUUUUUUAGCCAAGAUCUUGCACGUGACCGUUGUUUUCGAAGCCUUAUCUGCAGUUGAGAAUAUAAGGCGAGAAGACGCAGGUGCACGAUACAUUGGAUACUACAAAGUAGACACGGUUCUACAAACGACAUGGCAGAAUAUCUAUACCAUAGUUGAAGCAAAGCACCCUAUAUCCAUGAAAAUAAAUAGUAUAUGGAUUCCGACGUCAAGGAAGAAAAUGAGACAAUAACAUUUGAUGAAUAUUCAAGUUCUUGGUAGAAAGUAGGAGUGCUUAUGAGGGGUGUUGCUAUAAGGGGAUGGCGGUAAUCAGAAGAAAUUUGCAAUUUGGUGAAAUAACUACCUCAUAGAAGAGUUAAUUGGUUUUGAUGUAGGAAAAAUCUGCAGGCUGGUUAAGCUUUGAUGUAUAAAUAGUAGCACUUCGCUUUGUGUAAAAAAAGUUCUUGCUAAGGUUAUUCAAUGGGCUAAGUUUUCUAAACAGUGUUGACUUGAUAUUACAGUACUAAAAUCUCGAGAAUCCUUUGGACCAAGGCAA